AUGCUAGUUAAAAUCCAAGCUCCCUGCCUGAAACCUGUCUGUCAGUAAUAUUUUGAGGCGUGUUAGAGGGGAAAGAAGAGUGCACGAGGUGUAGAAGUAGUUCAGUUACUUAGCUAGUUAUUAAACGACCAGUAUUAGCCAGCAAACAUGGCUAAAGUAAACAGUGGUACUUCCAGUUGCAGAGUCAUGGUAAUGGCUGGCAAAUACUUGACGAACCCCUCACCGGGGCUUAUCCCGAGCACAGGUCACCAGCGAAUGUUAAAACUUCAGCGACGCUUGGCAAGUUCAAAGGCGGCCGGCCAGGGAGGCAAAACCCCGGCUUUGGCCCAGCAAGAGUUCCCUAACUCUUUCUCAGCCUCUGACCGCUACGUUCUGUCAAAGCGCACAUUAAUUUAUCGGGAUGUGAAGGCUUUUCUCAAUGAAAUUGGUGGAGACCCUCGAGAGGCUCGGUACUGGUUGACCCAAUUUCAGAGAGCCAGUUUGGCACAAGCGCCAGCAUUUGCAGUGCUCGAGGUGGACAAAUCUGUAUUCGAGAACCGAGAGAUGGUGCAGAGUCUGGCGUUUGGGCUCUCUUUCCUGCAGCGGAUGGACAUGAAGCCAGUGGUGGUGAUGGGACUGUCACGGCCUGAGGAUGACGACGCCCCAGACGGAUCUACUUCCAACUCCAGGGCCGAUAUCGUUCAGCAGUGCCAGACCCUAACGGAGGUCCUACAGCACCACUCAGCCAGUGUCAUACCUUUCUUCAGUGCAGAGGCCUUGCUGCUGGUGCAGGAUCCACCCCAAGGAAGCAGUGCAGGGUCCUCCAUUGCAGUGGACAAAGGCCUGCUCCAGUGGAGCCUGGACAGCGGGGCCAUCCCCCUGGUGUGCCCUGUGGGGCGGGACACCACGGGCCGCUCGGUGGCCCUGGACUCAGUGGAUGUCACGGCCGCCAUCUCCAAGAUCCUGCAGCCACUCAAAGUCAUGUUCCUCAACAGCUGGGGAGGCCUCCGCAACCAGAGUCACAAGGUGCUGGAUUUAGUGUCUCUGCCCGGUGAUCUUCCCGGCCUGUCGGGGGCACCAUGGCUGAGCUUGGCCGAGCGUCGGAGGGUGGGCACCAUCGCCCAGCUCCUGAACCAGCUGCCCUGCGAGUCCUCUGCAGUUAUCACCUCCGCCAACACGCUGCUCACCGAGCUGUUCAGCCACAAGGGUUCUGGUACCCUGUUCAAGAAUGGAGACCCCAUUCACAAGUACAGCACUCUGGAUGACAUAGACCUAGACCGUCUACUGGCCCUGAUAAACAAGUCAUUUGAGAAGAACCUGAGGGAGGAUUACAUUGAGUCACUCAAAGGACGCCUCCACUCCAUCUACCUCUCUGAAGGGUACAGUGCGGCAGCCAUCAUCACCAGUGAGCCUGUGAGCAGCGGUACGCCCUACCUGGACAAGUUUGUGGUGAGCAGCAGCAAACAGGGCGAGGGCACCAGCCAGAUCCUGUGGGAGUGCAUCAGACAGGACCUGGGCAAGCUCUUCUGGAGGUCCCGCGCCAUCAACCGCAUCAACCCCUGGUACUUCAAGCAUUGCGACGGAAGCUUCGUCAAUGGCAGCUGGAUUGUCUUUUGGUUCGGCCUCUCAGACAUCAGGGAGUCCUACCAGCUCGUAGAGUACGCUAAACGCAUUCCAGACUCCUUCCACGGUCCGAUAAUGGGGGGGAGCCCCCCAGCAGCCACCCCAGGAUCCUGAAUUAACUCUGCCAACAUUCCUCCUCCAAGCCUAAAUAAAGGGUUGCAGAACACCAAGCUAAAAUAAGCAGUUCCUCCCAUUGACAAACUGUUUUGUAAUAAGUUUGGUGUGGUAUUACUUGUUUUGAGAGCUUGGUGGCUUGGAGCAGUAGGUCAUUGUUAGUUUGGGGUGCCAGGGAGCAUCUUGGGUUAGACGGCGGUGGUUAGAUUUGGAUCUGGCAGAAUUUGCAGUCAGCCUGCCUUCAGCACUCUGUGGCUGCUGAAGGUUUGUUUGGUGGAAAAGGUUGUGAAUUUUGUCUGAAUUCAUCCCCCUCAUGUAGUUGAUUUCACUACUGUGCUUGGGCCAAAUCCGAAAUUGAGGUACAGUGGGGAGAACAAGUAUUUGAUACACUGCCGAUUUUGCAGGUUUUCCUACUUACAAAGCAUGUAG